UGUAAACCCGCGCCCUCCCGAUUUCCCGAUACGAUAUCCUCCGCCCCGCCGCCUCUCCCGUCGCCACCCAUCUCGCCGCGACCUGGAGAUCCCCUUCGCUGUCUCUCACGCCGCCACCCUUCCCAGUCUUCCACUACCCUGAUCUGAUUGAAAUGUCGGGUUCAACCCGAUUCGGGUGUCGGGGUUGGGGGUGGAGGGGGGGGGGGGGGGGGAAGCGACACAUUCCCAUCCCAUCGUGCAACACACACGUAGCUCGGCAGCCGACUGGAGGAGUUCACCCCCAUUCGACCGAGGCGACACAUCCAGCGGCAAAGGAGGCAGGUGGAUCCAGAAGCGCUGGCAUUCAAUCGGAGGAGACGACAUGGAGCCACGAAGCUAUUGGCACCUGUAAGCUCACCACAGUGGCUCGUACGGAUCGGAGGCGAGAACCCCCAACCGCGACAACGACCUCCUGAUCUGUUGAAACAGCGCUGUUGCUAGCAGGCUGGCUGCUGCAGUGCAGCCCUGCAGCCAGCUCUUCCCAACGGCGCCAUUAUUGGCAUUGCCCUAGCAGCUCAGAUUCUUGCCUUUGCCUUUCCCAGCUGUGCUCGAUCAUCCUUCGUGUCUUGACCGCCGUGCUCCGGUUGGAGUUCCAACUUCCAAGAUGGCAUGCAAAAUAUUUGAGGGGGUACAGAUGGAUGCAUACCUUAAUCAAGAACAAAGACAACAAUUUUCAAAGCAAAUAUCUAGUGUUGUUUGGAUGAUUAGGGUUGACAGCGCAGCCAAGGAAGAUGAUUUGGCAACCAAGGACUAUGCAUAUGUUGCUGGUGUGUGCAUGAGUCCAGUGGGGCACAUCUUGACAUCAGCGCAUGUUGUGAAACCUGGUGUGAAGUAUGUUGGUGCAUGCACUUCAUGGAAAGCAGGCUGGACUCCACUAAGGGUAGUGAAAACAUCUAUGGCUUAUGGGAUGUGUUUAUGUCAGUUGGAACAUGAGAGCCGUAAAAAGACUGAUUACACUAAUUUAGCAGAAUCUGGACUCUUGAGUGUUAACCAGCAUGUAUAUGGAUUUGGACAUCCUAAUUUAUUCAAAAUACCAUGUGACUACAGUUUUGUGAGAGGUUCAGUUGAGUAUCCAUGUAAGGAUAUUUCGGAGCUGCCUAGUUUAAAUGAUUUGGACCGUUUGCUGUAUGAAGGUUUGCAAAAAGAAGGACUUAAAUUUGAUCGCAUGGAAGCUAUAGUUCUCACUCCUAGAAAAGUGAAACAUUUAAUGUGGUUGAUUGACUCGUCAUUUAGGCCAAAGACCAUAUACCAAAUGCAUCAAGACAUACCACUAAUUCAGAUAAAAAACUUCCAUGUGAGUCACUGUGGCAGUCCAGUGUUCCUGUCUUCCGGGCAUAUUGUUGGUAUAGUCUUAUUCAAAUUUCAUGAAAUCAACUUUGCUGUUCAUUUAUCAGCAAUCAAAGAAUUUCUGAAGGAAUUUGAUUUGAUGCCUCAACAUGUGGAUGCACCUUCCAUGGCUGAGAAUGCCAUUUCAGAUCAAACCCCAACUGCUGAACCUGCACCUGCUAGUGUUGCUACGACUGAAACAGUGGAUGGAAGUUCAGAGCAGCACACUUUGCUAGGUAAAGGAGUUGAUGCCCUGUUCCACAUCUGUAUGCAUGAAGUGUUAGAUAUGAGGUUGUCGCCAAACAGAACUUCUGUUUCUUGUUUGGAAAGUUGCUGUUGAACUUGUCAUGAAAAUGGUAGCAGCAUGUUUGUUAUAAUUUCACACAAGGUUGGAGUUUAUAGCACAUGUGAUGUUGGAAAGCAGCACAUUUUUGAUAGUCAGAUAACCUUGAUCUCAAUGAUAUUAUGAUAUGGCUGUAUAUGUAGCUUAGCUUUACAACUUGCAAAAAACGUAGCAGCCUGAAUUUCUGGAAGACCUGAAUUUGCCGGUGCCUCUACAAUCAGAUGUAUAUCCGUGGUCAUUAUCUUAAUCUGCAAAUGAAGCUAGCAAUAA